AAUGGGCGAACAUAAUCUCCUUAAUCCUGGGUUUGUGGGACCGUUGGUGAACAUCCACACGGGAGACACCUUCUAUUUCCCCAAUUUCCGAACCUCCGGAGGACAGCUGCCCGGCUUGCCGUCUCUCUCCUACCCAAGAAGGGACAAUGUCUGUUCUCUGCCCUGGGCUUCCUCCGAACCGUGCAACGGAUACCCCCAGCCCUACCUCAGCAGCCCCGUGUCCAUUAACCCUUCCUUCGGCCGAGCCUGCGACCUAGCUAGAGUGGAAGAGAGCAAGUGCUACUAUAGGGAGGCGUGCUCCGAGAACAGCCCCCUCAAAAGGGAAGAGCGGGGAAGGGACUCUGCCCUGAUGCCCCUCGAGGCCGGGAUCCCCAAUGGAAUGAGCGGCAAUUUCGGCAAAUUUGACUACCCGGCGGCCGAGGCGGUGUCCCACGACCCCCCUUCCUGCCAGUCCUUAGAGUCAGACUCCAGCUCUUCCUUGCUCAAUGAAGGGAAUAAGGGCGCCGCCAGCGAGCCGUCCACCCUGAUCUCCCCUCUCAACCAAGGAAGCAAUCUUUCCGCUGGGGGUGCACCCUGGUACCCGAUGCAUACAAGGUCCCGAAAAAAACGAAAACCCUAUUCCAAACUGCAGCUAGCGGAGCUGGAAGGGGAGUUUAUGGUCAAUGAAUUCAUUACCCGCCAAAGAAGAAGGGAGCUUUCAGACCGGUUAAACCUGAGCGACCAACAGGUGAAGAUCUGGUUCCAGAACCGGCGAAUGAAAAAGAAAAGACUCCUCCUGCGAGAACAAGCCCUGUCUUUCUUUUAAAAGUUCCGACCGAGGUCCACCUUGGGUCACCACCGCAGAGAACUUGGUCAGUUGAUGGGCCCCGGGACUUUUUCACCUGACCUGGUCUGAUCUAGCCAGUUUAGAUGGCUUCUUUCUUUUCUCUCUUCUCCUUAAAACAAAGAAUCGGUAUCCUUUACGAAACAUCCAACAGCAGACCUGUAUGCGAGCGUGCUUCUGGGUGGGUGGAUGCGUGUAUGAGAGAGAGGGUGCGUGGGAAGAUCCUUCUCUUCUACUCUGGACCUGUUGGGAAAGUCCCCAAUGUGAAUACGCAGAGAAAUAAGCCCCUCCGUCAAUCAGCCGGGGUGUCUAUUGUUCAAGAUUGGUCAUCGGUGUUCUGAAUGUGAAGUUGAGUCCUGCGACAAUCCCCCUCCCCCUCUUUAUUUUUGGGAUUCGCGUUUGUAAGCCUUCCCAGGUAGUCUGGCCCCUCUGAGCGGCAGGGCUACUAGUCAGCUUCGGUAGGUAGCCCAGAGCUACCCGCGAAUAAGGCUCCUUGGGAGCCAAGUGGCUGACCUGGAGCAGAGGACCGGUUCAGAGCGUCGGGAUUUUUCAUCCACCGGAGCAAAAGUUUAAGCUUUUGUGGCGCUCGUCCUAAAUCAACUGCAACUGUUCUUAACGCAGAAUGGCUCGCCGGUGUUUUAUGUGGGCCCGAGUUUAUUUUGCAAGGCGAGCGCGGGUGGGAACGAGGUGAUAAAUAUCCGUGAACGUCCAAAGCGUGGCGUGUGCGUGUGCAUGGGUGUGUGUGUGUGUGUAUUCAUGUAUAUACAUCAGCUGUGUAAUGGUAGAGCUGGCUCUAUGUAGGAGACCUGCAGAUCACGGUACAGCAAGCCAGGACCAGGACGAGAUGUUGGCCCAUUCCCUCCGACCUGGGCUCCCUUGCGAGCCAGAACUGUCUUGGACCCGGAGGGGCUGGCUUUCCAGGAAACACCCCAGGAGAGGCCGCAGAUCCCAAAUCCCUCGGAGUCCGAUAAAACCCAGGCGAGGAAGACAUUUGCCCCUGCGCUCAGACAGAUUGCUUUUCAAACCCGAGCUGAGCAGGUCGCCUGCGCGGUUCCUUUUCCACUCCAGCCCUCCCCCCUCCUCCUCCCCGCGCCCCCAAGACUUCCCAACCAUUUCAAUUUGUGCUCUGGUAAUGGCUUCACUGAAGGACUAUUUGUGCUGCUUAUUAUACUAUUGUGUUUAUUGAUGAUCUAUAUGGUGGGGGGGUGGCGACGCCGCUUUUAUGCAUCAACUAUAGUGGCUGCCCCUUGGAGCUCAUUAAGUCAUUAAUAGCUACCCCCCCCCUUCUAAGAGAAAGAUCUUCUAACAGUAAUGCUUUCUUUAACGAUUGCUGUUUUCGAAAUGAAGGAACAGGGACUUCCGCCUCCCCCUCCCCUUUUAACGCUUCUCGUAUUUAGUUAGAUUUAAGAAUAAUUAAAUUCUUUUUAUAAAAACAGCGGCUGAUAGACCUGAAGAAUCAGGAGUGAUCCCCGUGCGUGGAGGUCCGUGUGUCUUGCACACCUACUUUAUUUUCAUCCCUGAUUCUUCAUAGGCAGCAGCUGCCGGCUGUGAACAUUUAUGGGGUGUGUCGCCUUAUUUCCCCCCUUACACAUCACAUUCUACUUCUGGGGAUAUACGGCUCAGCCUUCUUCCAGAGACAUCCGCACUUUCUCUUCCAGGGCAGGAUGGGAGGGAGGGAGGGAGGGGGGGGAGAGAAGGUCCCCUUGUCGAUCAUCUGUGUUGUUUGCACACAUGGCCCCGUUUCCUGGAGCAAAUAACCCUUCGGUUUCCUAAGAGCCUUGCGCCUUCCCGAAAGUUUUCGGUGAUCCCACUUCCUCUGCGGAGGUAGUGGGAGAAAGGUGAUGGAGGCGGGGCGAAAUAAACGGGGCAGGAUGCAUUCUCCACCCCCACCCCGUGGUGUGGGGAAACAAACCAGCUUUAUCAGAGAUUCGGUCCCACCGGGGGCUCAAAGGCGGGAUCGGGGCCAGAACCGAUUCUCGCUCAACUUGGCAGAAUCCAUCCUUGCGGAUAUUUUUAAAAAAAUGAUUGCAGUUGUUUUGGGGAGGGGCAUAGCCCACUGGACCUGCGUCGGGUGAAAGGGGUCGAGAGGUAUAGCACUGAAUGCGGGCUGCUACUCUCUCUGCUUCAUUCGUUUUAUAUCGGGGGGGAUUAAUUUUACGACAAAGGCAACGUUUUCCGGGCAAGUCUCAAUUGUCACCACGUGGCUCCGGGGCUCGGCGUUCAUGGUCAUGACCGGUGGCAGGAAUGCUUCGCUUUCAGAACCAGAGGGGGUGCCGUCUAGCCUUCGCUGUGCCUCCUCCUCGCCUACCUCUCCCCCUCGCCCCCCCCUCCCGGCAGUCUCUUCUUUUUUAGUUCGGGUUCCUUAGCCGAUGUCAACAUUCCUUCGCCUUUUUCCACACACACCCCUUCCAGAGGGGCCCCACCUUCAUCCUUCCACAGGAAACCCCCACUCAUUUCAAAAUAAAGACCCUCCCAUAAGUGUCACCCAGAUUAGGAAGAUUCAACACCCACACACCCCAAACAGUUUCUUUUUAAGUAACCAAUCAACGCUGUGCAAUAAAUACAAAUGUAUGUCUAUGUGUUUCAGUUAAUGUGAGAUGAAGCAAAGAGGUUUAUGGUAGGUGAGAGAGAAAUUCAGGUGGAGAAAGUCUAACUAUUUCUCCGUUACCCACUCCAUUGAAGAGAAUUUAUUUCCAAGUCCCUUGACCAUCACCACACUAUCAUGACCCAGCUUUGUAUUGUAAAGGGAGGGAAAAAGAAAGACGUUUUCCGUCAGACAUAGGACCCUGAGUCGCUGAAGUAUGUGUGGUCUGAGGAUCGUGAAGGUACUAGGCAGGGAGUUUGAGGCACCAGAUCAGAUUUAUCAAUAUUGUGCCCGAUGUUUCGUCAUGGUCCCCAGCCCCUACAACUGUCGCCUCUUCUUAGGAACCGGUGAUAUGUUACUCACUGGCUGUUCUUUUUUUAUAUAUUUCACUUUAUUAAGGUUGCAUUUUGAAGGAUGUGGUAGUUGGUUUAUGGGGAGUUUAUGGGACACUGUCAUAACGCGAUGUCGAAUUUAAAUCCGGUCAACUAAGAAUUGAGGGGGGGGGAGAGAAAGAGAGACUGUCUUGUUAAUAUUUUACCUGCCGAGAACAAUUUCUGUCCAUAGUGGGGGGAGGGGAGUGUAGAGAGACUGCUACGCUUUGAAAUACAACACACAAACCACCAGCAAGAAUCUAUUAUCAUAAUCGAGAAUCGUCUCCUUGUCUUGGUACCUGUGCGAGGCUGACGAUUCUCUGUUGUCACAUCAAUGAUAGGAAAGGGAGGAAAUGAUACCUUCUUUUUUUAAAAUAAAAAUUGAAAUAUAUGCAAUAUCCUCUUUCAGAUUGCUUUAAAGUAUUAUUCCGUGUGACUUCUGUUCGUCUUGUGUUAAUUCUCUCAGUGUCUGUGGCUCCGUUCUCUGCUUGGUAUGCCCUAGUCUAGUUUCCCCGUCGCUGUUAAAUACGCAUCGUUCUCAAUAUAGUCCAUAUGUAAUGUUUCUUACCUCAAGCUAUUAUAUGUAGGGCCUAUGCAACUGUCUGUCAUCGCACGUUUCCCCCGGCUUUAUAUAGUCAUGUAAAAAGUUGUUUCACACUAAUAAUGAUGACGAUAAUGAUGAUGAUAAGUUGAAUGUAUUAUGAUGUGAUUUCUGUUAAUAAAUAAAAUGGUUCAAA